AUGCGGCCAGGCGGAUUAGCCACGGGUCUUCUCUCCACCAUGGUUGGCGCAAUGGCUGGGGGCGGGGCGAAACCCGUAGCAGCAGGCGCAGGCGCAGGAGCAGCUUCCGCGAAGCCCGCGGGGGGCGGGCUGCUGCGGCUGUGGCAGGGGGGAAAGCUGUACGACGCGCCGCCGUCGGGGCAAGAUCUUAGGGUUAGCUGGCGCGCCAACGGGCUGUUUCACGACACUAUAUCGGACGCGAUGAGCUCUAUAACGAGUUUUUCCGCCGUAGGAGAGGAGGAUGAGGAUCAACUACUCGUGGUGAACGUUGAAAUGGAUAAUCUGCCUGCACGCGCCCCGCAGGCGGACAAUCUUCUCCCCCCUUCCGCGCUCCCCCCUGCUGCUGCGCCCCCAGGCGCAGUUCCGCGCCAGGGCAGUCUGGGGGCGGCGGGACUACCGUCGAUGGGGCUGGCGAAGCAGCACAGCCUCAGAUCGGACCCGGGAACCGUGGCAGGGGCGGGCGCAUCCGGGGUGGGCGUUUCUGGGGGAGGUGUAUCUGGGGGAGGUGUAUCUGGGGGAGGUGCAUCUGGGACGGGGCGUUCCGACAGAGACGUGACGCUCCUUGAGAUGUUGGCCCACGUGGGAUCGCGGCUGUUUGAAGCCGUGGGGAGCGCGGAGGAGGGAGGAGGCGCAUCUGGGGUAGGGCACAGCGGUGGGUUGGAUAACCCUACUAGAGACCACAGCGGGAGUCUAGCCAGGUCGUUAGGUGGGGGGCCGGGGGAGGUGCGGAGUGUGCGGGCGGGGGGGAGGGGCGUGUCAGGGGAUGGAAUGUCUGAUGUGGAUAGAGAGAGUGUGGGGCGGGGGACGGCUAGAUCAGCGUCAACAGCUCGGAGCAGGGUGGCUGCUGCUAGUGCAGCUGCAGUGGCGAAAGGCUUCCCGGCUUUUUUCAAGUAUUUCGCGUAUGGGAUUGACAGGCAGACGAUUGAAGAGGAAGGGGAGGAUAUUCCGUCGUGCGGGCUUGCCGGGUUGUUUGUCCCUGGGUCGAAAAAGAAAGCAGUGCUGAUUCGAUGGCGGUAUGAUGUGUCUAAAUACGAUGAAUCUACGGUUGCGAGGCUGAGCGCGAAUUUUUGCUUUUUGGUGGAGCGGAUUGCAUCUCUGCCGUCGAUCGAGGCGCUGCCGAUUUAUUACCUGCCCGUGCUGACCGACGCGGAGAGGGAGCAGCUAGAGGACAAGUUUUCCGGGCGGCUCGUGCCGCACGCGUUUUGGCAUGAGGAGGAAGAAGGAAGGAAGCUUUUGCUAGAUGUUGGGGGGUAUAGGGAUGGGAGAGGGGUGGGGAGAGGUGGUAGGGAUAAGUUGAGGGAGAAGGAUAGGCUGAGGAGGAAGAAGAGGCAAGAGGAGGGGAAGGGAGAGGGUGGGGAAGGUGGGGGGGAGAGGGGAGGAGAUGGGGUGAUUGUUGCAGCGGAUCUGUCAGAUGCAGCGCCAGGGAGUGUGGGCAGGGGGGCGAGGAGCAGGGGCCGGGGGUUGAAUGUACGUGAUCGCACCCUGGUGGAUCUGUUUGAACGGCAGGUGAAGGUUAACCCUGCUGCCACGGCUCUGCUGCUGCUGCACCGGGGAAGAGGACGCGGAGGCACGUGGGGAGGGACCGCAGGGGGAGGAGAAAGGGGAAUGGGAUUGGGAGUGGGAGGAGCAGCAGGAGGAGGGGUGGAAGGGACGAAGGUGGUGAGAGAGGCGGUUUCGUACAUGCAGCUGCACGCCCGUGCCCUGCUGAUCGCGAAGUUUGUCGCCAAGAAGCUUCCUCGCCCUGCUCUCAUCCCGGCCUCGCACCGCGGUAGCAGCCACAGCACCCCUGCCGCCACCCCUAAGGCCGCCUCCUCUGCUGCCGCAGCUGGCACGAAUCUGGAGGAGAUUGUGGAGGAGUCGGGGAUCAUGCUUGUUCUCACGUCGCGCCACCUGGCGGACGCGCUGACGUGGAUGACUCCCCGCUCGCCGCGUGGCGCUGCCGCCACCAGCAGCAUGGGUGCUGCUGACGGUAAUCACAGCAGUAAUAUUUCAGGGGAGGGGCGGUUGGGGAGGGCGCUGCCUGUGUGGGCAGUAGAGGAGGUGAUAGAAGGGGAGGUGGAGGAGGAGAGGGCGGAGCGAGCGUUGCUGGGGGACUGGGGGCCUGGAGAUGAGGGGAUGACUGGCAGGGAAGCAGGAGCGGGAGGGGGAGGGGGAGGGGCUGGGGCUGGUGGGGGGAUGAGUGCAGGUGUGAGUGCAGGGAGUGUGGGGUUGGAUGUUCUAGUGGGGUUGAGGCCAAGAGCGAGUGGCACGUGCUGUGUGGUGUAUAGAGAGGAUGAGCUGGGGCGCGUGUGGGGCGUGGUGUUACAGCAUCAGGGAGUGGUUAACAUGGCCUGUGCAGAACUUUCCUCAGAAGCUUCCCUCCUUGGCGUGUCAGGGCUGCUUACACUGCCAAGUGUCGCGAUGUGGUUGGAGCCUCGGUCGCUCCCGAGCCUGCGCUGGGUGGCCUUCUCAGGCGAGCCCGUACCUAGAGCUCUGGUUUGGCGCUGGCUUCGGGCCGGACGUGUGGUGGUAGAUAUUUACGGAGCUGUGGAGUGCUCCCUAGCUGCCACGUGUGCAGUCUGGCGGCCUGGCGACAGGGUGGCGGACACAAUCGGCCGGCCACUCCCAGGUGUCCACGUGUACAUUCUCGGCCCGAACCUAGAGCUCCUCCCGAUUGGCGCGGGCGGCGAGGUGUGCAUUGCAGGGAUACACGUGGCAAGAGGGUAUUGGAAGAGGCACGGGGAGACGCGGCAGAGGUUCGUGAGCAACCCGUACGGCAUGGGAGUGCACGACCGGAAGCUGCUCCGCACGGGGGACCGAGGCAGGUGGUUACCAGACGGGUGCGUGCAGUUUCUGGGGAGGUUAGAGCAGCAGGUGUAUAUCAGAGGGCUAAGUGUGGAGCCGGUGCAAAUAGAGGAGGCGGGGAGUAAGGUGGACGGGGUGGCCCGCUGUGUGGUGGCGUUCAGGGCGCAUGACCCUGGGCGACAGCCUUAUCUCGCUGCGUACCUGCUGCUCAAGCCGUCGCUUGCAGCAGCUGCUGCUGCUGUGGCGGCUGCAGGAGAGGCAGGGUUGGGGGGAGGGGCUGGGGGGGAAGCAGGGGCAGGGGCAGGGACGGGGAAAGGGGCGGGGAAAGGCGGGGGGAAGGGGGUGCAGACUCCAGCUCAGCAGUUACUGGCGUCACAGCAGUUAGCAGCAGUGAUUCCCAAGAAGGUCCGAGAGUAUUUUAGGUCUACCCUCCCUCCUCACGCCGUUCCCUCAGCCAUCCAUGUGAUUCACCAUCUCCCCUGGACCAAGACAGGCAAGGCCGACCGCUCCCGCCUCCCUCUGCCGCCCGCGGACUCGUUUUUUGUCUCUUGUGACGAGGACGGGUCUGUGGGCGGCACUGGGUUGGGAGCGGGCGGCGGAGAGCCGCUAGAGACGGCGGAGGAGCGGGCAGUGGCGGUAAUUUUUGCGGAGGGGGGUGGGGCGGGCGGAGUGGUGGGGGUGGCGCUGUCAGAGGCGCAGGUGCUGCUGUGGGUGGCGUAUCAUGCUCUGCCGCACCCACAACUGCUGGACGAGUGCCAUGUGUGGCGCCUGCAGGGGCCGGUGAAUUUCCCUCGUCUGCAGCGGUCGCUGCAAGCACUGGUGAUGCGCCACGCAGCUCUGCGCUCCCGCUUCGUUGUCUGGCGCAACAGCAAGCACAAGCAGUCCGGGCGUGGUGGUGGUGCCAGUGGCGGUGGCGGCAGGGGCGGUGGCAGCAGCAGCAGCAGUUCAGUGCGGUUGAAAGCGGCUGUGAUGGAUGCAGCUAUCGACUCCUUAAGGACUGAGCUGAGUGCCGUUGCUGCUGCUGGCGCUUCUGGAAACGCCAAGGGCAGGAGGGAAGCAGGGAGAGGAGCGGCAGGAGCAGCAGGAGCAGGAAGAGCAGGAGGAGGAAGCGGGGGAAGAUCCGGAGCAGGGGGAGGAGAAAGAGCGAGUGUAGCAGUGGGAGGUGGUGGAGAGAGCAAGGGAGGAGGAGGGUUUGUUUAUCGGGCUCUAGCAGGGCUGUUUGCUCCGAGCCUCUUUGCUCCCAGCUUCUGGAAGACAGCAGAGAGUGUUUUGGAAUGUGUCACGCAGAUCCACACGCAUCCCACCCACGGGCCUUCUUUUAAGCUCGCUUUGGUGGAUAUCUCAGGCGCGAAGCUGAGCGCCACGGAGCACUCUCUCGUGCUCGUGUGGAACCCUCUCAUCUUCGAUGGCGUGUCUUCAUCUCUGUUCUACUCUGAUCUCCUCCAGAUUUACAAGGCGGGCGGCUCGGCGGCUGACCUCCCCGCAGUCGCCAGCUACGCGGAUUUCGUCCUGUGGGAAAAGGACAAUCUGGCGUGUGCUGGGCACAGGGAGUGGGACCUGGGGUUCUGGAAGCAAGCAGUGGGUGUACCUCCCCCAAAACUACCUCCCCAGCUGCAACCCAAGGUAGAUGAAAGCGGGAGCGAAGGAGUGGGAAGAGCAGGCAGAGGAGGCCGAGCAACAGCAGUAGCAGGAGCAGGAGGGAAAGGAGCAGGAGGAGCAGGAGCAGCAGCGGCGGCGGCGGCAGUGGCGGCAGGAGGGUUGGCCUUGGCGCUGCGGAAAGGGCAUGUGGAGGUGCUGAUAGCAGCGAGCACUCGGAGGCGGCUCGAGACCUACGCCUUUCACCGCGGCGCCACCCUCUCCAUGGCCCUCCAAACCGUUCUGCACGCCUUGCUACACCUCUGGACCCACCAGCACUCCGUCGCGAUCGCCGUCCCAGUCGCUAGGAGACAAAUCCUGCCGCUCCAGUCAGUGAUCGGGCGGUUCUCGGAUGUGCUGCCAGUGGUGACGGAUAUGAGGAAGCAUCUGAGCCCUCCAUUGGUAGUGGCUGGACGGCUGAGAUCUUUCACUUCGUCGAUCAGCCGGGCGUCGUCGUGUGUGUCGUCCCGAUGCGUGUCUCCCUCUACUUCCCGCCAGUACUCCGUGCUCUCGCCUCGCCUCUCUGCCUCCACUGCCGCUGCUGCUGGGGGAGUUGUUGGGCCAGGUUCGGGCUUCCAACCCUCCAGCCACGGAGGCCGGAGCUCCGGAAAGGGAGACGGGGAUAGGCCCAAGUCGGCAGGGGGUAGGGGAGCAGGAGCGGGAGUGGAGGGAGGCGGUGGAGGAUACUGCAGUAGUGGGGACGACAGGGAAGACGGGGCAGCUUCGACAGCGGAGAGAAUAAGUGCUGCUGGUGAGGGUGUGUCGUUUGAACAGCUGCUAUUCCAGGUCCGAGAGCACACGCUGCAAGCCCUGCAGCACCAGUCCAUCUCCCUCCGUCUGCUCGCCUCUGCACUGCAUCCCACCGCACCCGACCCCUUCACCUCCCCCUUUGCCCUCGCGUCCUUCGCCCUCACACACCCCGGCACCGAUUCCCCUCCGAACCUGCUCCCUCUAGAAGACUCCCUAGUGGGGGACCUAGAUCUAGAAGCCUCUUCUGCUGCUGCUGUUGCUGGGUUUGGUGCAGCUGGUGCUACUGGUGCUGGUGCUGCUUUUGCUGGUGGUGCUGCGGGUGGUUUUGGUGGUGCGAUCGGUGGGGUGGGUGGAGGGGCGGAGUUUGGGGGGAGUGUGGGCGGUGGGGGGUGGGGCGGCGAAGUGGCGCUGUUCCCCUUGGGAUUGUCGUUGCGCCCGCUGAGAGACGGGCGGCUGGCCGGGCGGCUGACUUACCAGGUGGAUGCAGUGCCCAGAAACAUUGCAGAGGUGCUGGCGAGGCAGAUAGAGCGCCUGGCAGAGGCAGCCGUGGAGUCCCCCCGGCCCAUGCUGCUGGAUGAACCAACAGUCAAGGCGUUGAAGCAGGCGAGGAGGCGAGGGGGGGGUGGGGAUGGGGGAAAAGGGGGCGGCGGAGGGGGUGGGGGCAUGGUGGGGCCGAUAGGGUGCAUGCCGUUGUGCAUCGGGCGGGAUAGGCGGGAGCUAAUGAGGCAAGGGUCAUCAGAUUCGGAUAAGUCUGAUGUGAGUGUUUGA